AUGGAUCCAGACCUUGCAUUCUCACUUAAUCAGAUCAAUAGAGACAUUAAAAAGGAGUACACCUCAUUAAGGAAUCGUAUACAAAGUAUUUUGUUCGAUAAUGCAUUUAUAGCUCAAAGAGUCAUACCAAGAUUCCCAAAUUACCCGCUAAUCCCCAAUGAAAGAUGUGGACUUUGGUAUUGUGAUCCUAAGGAUUUCGAUCAAACGAGUUAUUUUAAAAGUACAGAUGGACAUACUAAUCAAUGGGAUUUCAGUACGAGAAGGCUUAACUUGCAUCUAUUACCAAUUUUACAAGAGAAGAAUGGAAUUAUCAUCGUAGAUAGUACUAGAAGGGGUAAACUAAUGCCAGAUGCACUAAGUAAGACGAUACCGAUUUGGUGUGCAGUUUUAAAUUCCCUCAUGCAACCUGAUAAAUCUGAAGUGUUGUUUACGCCGCCCAAGUGUGUAUCUCAAUCCGAACAUGAUAGCAUCAAGACUCGCAUCCCAUCGUUAGUAGACAGGCUCGAGAAGUUGGACAUUUUGGAUGCUCAAGAUUUGCGAAAUAAGUUUCAGGGCAAAAUCUUGAGGCCAUUUUGGGUAUACCCUGGAUCUGAUAUGCUUAGAUCAUCAACCGAUCCAUUCACUGGAGAAAUUAUCGAAAUUCAAUGGGAACCUGGCCCCAAUGAACAAAUCAUCCCAAUAAUCUUAUGUACAGCAAGCUAUAGAGCGCAAGAUGGUGUUGACAAAAGACACGGCUUCACCUACGUGCAAGGUGCCGCCGACGACCACGAAUUGUGGUCGUGUGGAUUGGAUCCAAAGCUGCUUUGGAAUAACUGGCAUUACUUCCACGAUCUCGACCGUAAUGAUAAGGAAUUGGAAAGUCAUGUUAAAACGUUAAUCGAACUUGCAGAAACCACCGAUCAUAGAAAUCAUCUAGCAGACAUUGUAGAAAUGGAUCCCAUUACCAAAGAACUGUCACUGGGAAAGUUAAAGGACCACACAGCGAUAACACCAAAUAUAGCUCGAGAACUUGAUUCGCAAUUUUCUCUGGUCAUAAUAUUAAGCCAAUCUGUUACGCUUUCCAAACCGUUUGAUUUCAUUAAAACCUAUAAUCUACAGAGUGGAUCUAAACGGAGUUCAAAAGACCUCAGAGCAGCCCUGAUAGAAAUUGACCAUAUAGUCUCUGCACAUCUAAACAAAGACGUCGUCAAGCGAAAACCUAUCAUGGUUUGCUGCAAUUCUGGUACUGACAUAUCGGUUGGAGUCAUACUGAUGAUCCUGUGCAAGUACUACUCACAAGACUGGUUACUGGGAAAACCUGACUCGGUAAACAAGUUCGUGAUAAGACGUCAUUUGGUACAGAUAAUUAACAAGAUUAAGCGACGCAACGUGAACCCAUCCAGGGCCACAUUGAAUAGUAUUAAUAGUUUUCUAAUGUAA